AUGUUUCGAUUUGUUGUUAUUACCCUUGCACUGAUCAUCUCUGGAACUUUCGCCAUACAAUGUCAUACGGGUCUCAAAUUCAUCAAAGGAACAUCAGUUGGAACUGCUACUAUAAACUGUGACAAUUCUGCUGCCUAUUGCUAUAAUAUGACUGCAUCAGCAGCUGCUUUGAUUGAAGUCACAAAGGCUGGAUGUAGUAUGUGGAGAUGUAUGUUUGCCCAAAACAAAUGUAUCGGAACGACAUUCCAAAACAUUCCAAUAUCAUUGUGCUGCUGUAAUACCCCAUUAUGCAAUGCUGGAGGAGAAGGCGCUAUUCAAUCCGAAAACUCGGGAGGAUGGAAUGCUGAACCAGAGCAUGAAUCUGUGAAUUUGAACAAAGAAGAAGCCCAACGUCGGUUCGAUUCUGCCGAGUUGGAUGAGGAGAAUCCACAUGGAAGUUCUUCUUCAAGAGCCGCCCGUUUCAUAACUUCGGAAACCACGAAUCCAACAACAGAGCCAGUCGUGAAGACAGUAAAUGAAACAUCUGAAUUGGGAGAAGAAGUUGAUAUUCCAUUGGCCUAA